GCUACUAAAGAAUUUGUAAAGACAGAAAAACUCAGAAAAUACAAAGAAGUAGUACUGGCUAAUGAUGCUCAGCUUGGUUGGCUUCCAGCAUCAGAGGAAGACAUUUACAGUAUUUUGGCUGGACUGCUCAUCUUCAAGACUUCACUUUGUUCUUCACAAGUUCUUGGGAUAUGAAGCCAAUUGGAAAAGUGCUUUGUGCUACAGGGAUCAUAGCUGGGCUCCUAGCUUUCUUCUGGAAAGACACUUUUAACCCAGAGAGCUUGUCAGGUGCCCGUGUUCUCCUGACUGGAGCCAGUGCUGGGAUUGGAGAGCAGAUGGCAUAUCAUUAUGCCAGAUUUGGUGCUGAAAUUGUUUUGACUGCAAGGAGGGAAGCUGUGCUGCAGAAGGUGGUGGAGAAAUGCCUGACGCUUGGAGCAAAGAAAAUAUUUUAUAUCCCUGCAGAUAUGUCUUCCCCUUCAGAGCCUGAAAAGGUGGUUCAGUUUGCUGUCCAAAAGCUGGGGGGAUUGGAUUACCUGGUGUUGAAUCACAUUGGUGUGACCCAUUUCCAGAUGUGGGCUGGAGAUGUGGAAUACACCCGCUGGCUCAUGCAGGUGAAUUUCUUCAGUUAUGUGGCACUCGCAACAGCAGCUCUUCCCACCCUGGAGAAGAAUAAAGGUUCUCUGGUGGUUGUUUCUUCCCUCACAGGGAAAAUACCCACUCCCUUCACCACUUCUUAUUCUGCCACCAAGUUUGCACUGGAUGGUUUCUUCAGCUCACUGCGCCAUGAACUCAUCAUGCAGAACAGAAAUGUCUCUGUCACACUGUGCAUCCUGGGCCUGAUUGAUACUGAUACAGCAUUAGAGAAUACCAGGGGCAAAGUGCACCUAACUGCUUCUCCUGCUCCUGAAGCUGCACUCGCCAUCAUCCGGGGGGGUGCCACACGGGUGCAGGAGGUUUUCUACCCAUGGUGGCUGCAGCAUAUGUGUUGCCUCUGGGUUUUGUUCCCCAAUGACCGGGACCAGGUUUUACGGAGUUACUAUAACUACAGCAGUCCUUAAGGGACACCCAGUCUCAGUCUUCUCUCCCACCCUACAUCCCUUCUAAUCACAUUGCCCCAUCCCACCAAGCAUCCCAUUCAACC